AACUAAUUUUCCUCAUGACCAGCAUCUCAACUUUUCUUAUACGUCCUAAGGGUGCUCAGGAUCUUGUGCCGCAAAAUAGAGGACACCAACCAUGUACGCAGGACUUGCAUCCCUUUAGGGAAUCCUGUCCUUUGCUGCGCUGCUCCCUGAGCAUUUAGCCUCAGGGGAUCAACCAUCCUGAGGUAUAUUUGCACCACCAAACACACAUUCACCAGCUAUUACAUCUUCAGCAGUCUUACCUCUCACCACCUGCAAUGGAGCAGGAACAGCGGAUCUGAUCAUAACAUUGUGAUUUGAAAAGACGGCUGAGAUGAAUGUCACCAGACCAGCUUCUCUCCUACCCCUCAUUUUGCCCAUUCCUGCCCUUUUGUAAACCCCAUUACCACGAACAUAAGCAAUUUAUUUUCCUUGUCUCCCUUCUCCCACCCUUACCCCUCGGAUGCGCUGGGACGGACCCGACCCCGCCACUUCUGUGCGGGGCCCGGAGCCGCCCCUCUGCCCUCGGGAGGGCUGUGACGGGCGGGCGGCUCUGGGGGUCGGUAGCAGCCCCACCACCGAGCCCGGGAGUCAGUCCGAUUCCUGCCGGGCCCGGAGGGUUGCCGAGGGCAGUCUGUCCCGUCUGUCCCGUCGGACGCUCCCUCCGCCCGCCGAGCAGCGAGCCCGCUCCGGGCGGGCUGGCUCACGGCGCCCGCGGGCUGCGCACGUCAGGGGAGACAGCCGUCCCCCCCGUGAGAUCCCGGCAUAUAUAGGAGCUGCGGGGGCACCGCGGGCCCAUCGCAGCCGCUCCGUGCCGCCAGGGGCUCCGCAGCGCCAUGGCCGCGGCCCCGGCCCGCGCGGCGGGGCGAGCAGGUGAGCGGCGGGCGGCGGGCUGGGGGCGAUCGGGCACACCCCGACAUUCCGCGCCCGACGCCGCCGCCCUCUCCGCAGACGGGAUUGCGGCGCUGGCGCUGCUGUGGCUGCUGGUCUGCGCUCCGGGGGACGCCGGCUGUCACCCCCUGACCGUGGCCGAUCUCUUCGACCGGGUGAUCCGGCACUCGGGCAGGAUCCACAGCCUCUCCACGGCGCUCUACGCCGAGCUGGAAAAACACUUUCCUCCCCGCGACAACGAGCUGGGAAGGCCCGCUCGGAAGUGCCACACGUCGGGGAUGCUGACCCCCAACGGCAAAGAAUACGCCCAAAAAAUCCCGAGAGAAGAACUAACUCACGUGAUACUGAAACUUCUGCAAGCCUGGAAAGAACCACUUUCCCACUUUAACCAGCAUAUUGAGCACCAUCAAGAGCUACCUGAUGACAGCCUUAACAAAGCUAAGCAAAUCAGCAAUAUGGUACAUGAGCUGAAGACUGGAGUCGAGAAAGUAACAGAAAAGAUGCAGUCAAUGGGGAUCAUCAGCAAUUCAUUAAAUGGAAUGGCGUCAUCUGAAGGAACUGGUUUAUCAAUUAGUAAUGAAGCAAACAUGAUGAGUGACUCUGAUUUCAUUCACUGUUUUAGGAGAGAUUCCAAUAAAGUACAAAGCUACUUAAAAAUUCUCAAAUGUAGGAUUAUGCCACCAAAUACUUGCUAAACUCUAAUCCCUUGACAAGUAGUCUUCAGCAUGCAGAACCUUGAGGGACAUGUCACUGGCCUCCACCUGGACAUAAGAGCCACUGCUCACAAUCCCCUGGAUGCAUCCAACCAGCCAAUUCCUUAACCACCAAAUAGGCCAGCCUCCAAACCUAUGUCUGUCCAAUUUGGAGAUAAGGAUGUCAAAUGGGACCUUGUGGAAAGCCUUACAGAAGCUGAAAUAUAGGUACAACAUAGUUGAAAGUAAGAUUCAAUCUGUUAAACCUUGGUACAUCUGUAUACUAUCAAUAAAGUAUUUUACCUAAAGAAAAUGUUUUUCCCAAUUUCUACAUAUAUAUCUACCUGCAGAAUAUUUCUUAACACUGAAGAGGGGCAUUGAUGUUGAUCAGCUUAUUUAACUGCAGGGCCUAUGCCAGACUUUUACAUUCACUUCAUACUACUUACUGAUUUCUGAGGGCUUUCAUAUGUGUCCUAUAAAAUCUAGUAUUUGUAUUCAUUUUGAAUGCUCUUUUAUGGUUAUAAUGGCUUCACUGAUUUCAGUAGAAACGCCUAAAGAAAAAGACUGUGAAAAUUAAGUCAGAAUUCUGGUCCAAAUAGCAUUUCAGCCUAAGAGCUGAGCUGGGAGUAGCAAUAAG